UUGUUGUCCUUGUCGACCUGCUGGAAGUUUGAUUUUUUUUUUAAUUUAUUUUUCAGCCAUGGGAAUAAGGAGGUCUUUUCCUGCCGUGGGAUCCUGCUAGCUGUAAACUAUUUUAUAGACAGGGGACACACUGAUAUCACAGUCUUUGUACCAUCAUGGAGAAAGGAACAACCUAGGCCUGAUGUCCCCAUCACUGACCAGCAUAUUCUCAGAGAGCUUGAGAAGAAGAAGAUCAUGGUGUUUACACCGUCGCGACGGGUCGGUGGGAAGAGGGUAGUUUGUUAUGACGAUCGAUUCAUUGUCAAGCUGGCCUGCGAGUCCGAUGGCAUCAUCGUGUCAAACGACACUUAUAGAGACUUGCAGAGCGAACGCCAAGAAUGGAAGCGCUUCAUUGAGGAGCGCCUGCUGAUGUAUUCAUUUGUCAAUGACAAGUUUAUGCCUCCUGAUGAUCCUCUUGGACGGCAUGGUCCUAGCCUGGAUAAUUUUCUGAGGAAGAAACCACUUGUACAAGAACACCAACGGCAACACUGCCCCUAUGGCAAAAAAUGCACUUAUGGAGUCAAGUGUAAAUUCUACCACCCAGAGCGGAUUAACCAGUCUCAGAGAUCUGUGGCUGAUGAGCUUCGGGCAAAUGCUAAGCUUUCUACAACCAGGGCUAUGAGUCACUUUAGCCCUCUGAAGGAUGAGAAGAAGCCAGUCUUGCCAAGGAAAUCCUCCCAUCCUGAUGUGCACUCGAUGGCAUCCCUGGAGCAGGAAAUGGAACAGAAGCUGAUGCUGGAGCGAAGAAACUCUCUGCAUAAAGGGCAAAUCACUGAGAAUUCACUCAUAAUAAAAGGGGCCGCUUCAUCCAAGAGGCCUUCCAAAAAGGUGACAUUUAACCAGUGCAGCCACCAUUCCCCAACAAAAAUUGACUCUUUCCCCUACCCUUCACAAGAACCUUUGGAUUCAGGCCUGGGAUCCUACGAGAGCCAGUAUUCUGAAAUGAUGCCCAGGGGACCACAGAGACACUGUGAGCAUUACCAUCCAGAGCAAAGGGGAUCUGGCAGGUACAGCAACUGUUCCAAUAGUCGACCAGUUUACCACCACUCUCAGAGCCUGGAUCAGCAUGACAGCUAUCAGCAGUACAACUGUUCUCAAACACCAAUGACUGCCAGAGCUAGCUUCCAUCAAUACAACCAAGAGCUACCAAACUCCAGGUCUUCAAAUAUGAUGGACCACGGGGGACAUUGCUAUCCAGGGUACGGGAGGCCAGUGUACCAGGGUGUGGUGGGUUCUUACAGCCUUCCAGAUGAGUACAACCCAGGCUCAGUGCAACCCCAGCGGGAAUACUGGUCAGAUCCAUUUCAAGUAGCUGCUCAUUGCAGAUCUAGCAGCCUGCAGGAUCACCAAAGGUUCCAGCAGUAUUUACCAAGUGCAGUGUACAAUGAUCAGCAAUCGCACCAGUGGCCCCAGCAAGAUCCCUAUACCAAAGAACGGGAGGAUGUCCGUAAAAAGUUGCUUGCCAUCUUUAACCCCCAUCAGGUGGACAAGGCCAUGAGCAUGUUCCCAAACCUGUUUGACCCCCAGGUCCUUGCUGCUGAAAUCCUCACGCUCAAGUCAAGGGGCGAGCUUAUGUAAAACAAAGCACUUUCCUUCUGCUGUGCCAAUUAGGGGGUGUUCUGAACCGGUUUAUAGUAAAUUGAUGUCUCAAAACUUGGAUGUGUGAUCCAAAAAUAUAUAGCUUGCUUUGAAAAUUGUCCUUUUUCAGUACAAAGGUUCAAUGCAAGGAUUGUAAGCCAUUUUCAUAUGAUGUUCCAGAUAGCAACCGCAUGUGUCUUGCCUCUCUACUGUACAUUUUGAGCACUUCAGUUUAAAAAUUUCUUCUAGGCCUAAAGUAAGGAAACUUACAAGGCCAGAGGUGGUUGUCCGUUGGUACAUAUUGUAUCUCUUCUGAUUUUUUUUUUAAUUUUUAUGCAUCUUUGAAAACCGUGCCACGACAGCAGAAACUUGAGGAAAACGUUUCAGAUUUUUUUGGUGCGUUUCAGAAAAAAAAACAAUAGUUUUUGCUAUCCAUUAAAUUUGCUGUAUUUACAUAUAUUAAUAUGUUUUUGUCAUACAGAUAAGUGGCUGGUAGGAAAGAAGUAGUUAGCAGAAGCAACUAUAACAUGGUGAGGUCUGUAUUGAUCUUAAUUAAUAGAAAUUAAUACUGGCACCGUAGAAAGUGUACCUACUUUAAUUGAGGGCAUUUUGACCCUUUUUUUAAAUUAAAGUCAGUGGUAUUUAAAGCUAAGGCAGUUUAGAUAAUAAAAUACAUCUGUUUCAUAAACAUUAAUGUGCCAAAAAAUGAGAGUUUUCUUUGACAUAAACAUUUGUUUAUGCAAACAUAUAUUAAUCAUGGAUGUGGUGUUAAAACUGGCUGUAUUGGCACUGUGUGUCUUGGUGUGAGCCACAAAUAAGUUACCUAAUGAACAUAAAUACAAUUUGUUCAGUUGUGAAGCAUUACAUAACAGUAAUGGUUUCAUUCAAGUAAGCAAACUGCUUUUUAAAACAAAAUAUGAAUACAAAAAAUGCUGUUGUCAUUAUCAUUUUAAUGUUUUUAUUUCUUUUGGAGAAUAUAUGUAAGUGUAUAGACGUAAAGGUUGUUGUGAGAUCACUAGUUCUCAGGUUCUUUUAAAGCUUAGCAAUUGUAAAGAAACUGCUGUUUUCUCUGGGUUUUUUUUUUUUUUUAACGUAUGUAUUAUGUUACACAUGUAUAAAUAAAAUUCAUCUUGAAAUAACAA